GCCCCCUGCCCGCUCGCUUGCAAGUAUCAGCAACUGAACUGACCCUCGUUUUCCCAUUUCCUGUCCCUCCCCUCCUCGCCAUUCCCCUCCCUCUCCCCCCUCUCCCCCCUCGAUCCCGGGGCCCAAACUGAAGCCACCUAGCUAGCAUCGAACCUGGCCCCGGGUCACUCCUCCCCUGGGCAUUAAUAAUAAUAUUAUAAUCACCCAAGAUGCUCACGUCCCGCCCCCUGGCUUCCGCGACCGUCUUGCUCCUCUUCACAGUAGACAUAUUAGCGGCCAGUGCAGAUCUCAACAGGGGCUUCUCCAUCCCUCUUGUCAAGCGGAGUCCAAAGCAGCGCGAUGUAUCGGAGCAAGCGCGCAUAGCCAAACUCCAGAGGGAGGCUGUCAUUGCCAAAUAUGCCAACCAUGAUAGGAGACGGAGUGGACAGGGCGUCAACCUGCUCGUUGAUCAGGACUAUGACUCUGGUUAUUAUGGCUCACUAGCCAUUGGAACGCCACCUGUCUCAUAUAACGUCUUGCUGGACACCGGCUCAGCAGACCUUUGGGUAGCAGGCUCAAAUUGCGGCACGUCCUGUGGCUCAACACCGACCUUUGACCCCUCCGCCUCCUCCACCUUCAAAAACCAAUCACAAUCCUUUUUCGAGCAGUAUGGCCAAGGCGCAGCGCAGGGCUAUCUUGGCUCAGACACCGUCCAAAUGGCAGGCUUCUCCGUCGACAACCAGGCAUUCGGCAUUGUCGGCGCCAUCUCGAUGAACCUUGUGCAGACUCCAGUGUCGGGGUUGCUAGGCCUUGCAUGGGAAUCGAUAUCAUCCUCGCGGAGCGUGCCAAUGUGGCAAACGCUCGCUAGCAGCGGCGCAUGGGAUCAACCGAUCAUGUCGUUACAGUUGACAAGAUAUACCAAUGACACGCAAGCAAAUAGCCUUGAGCCUGGAGGCGAGUUCACGAUGGGCUACGUAAACACUAGUCUAUACACUGGCGAUAUAGACUGGCAGUCAAUCGCAGGCGAACCUUCAUUUUGGCUACAAACUAUGAGCUUUCUGACAGUGCAGGGAUCCAAUAUCUCGCUUGGCUCGAACGUCAAUGCCGCUAUCGACAGCGGCACCACCAAUAUUGCAGGCCCAUCUGACGCCAUCAAAUCCAUAUACUCCCUCAUACCCAAUUCCCAGCCUGCAUCUGGAGAAUGGCAGGGAUACUACUCAUACCCUUGUGAUACGAAAGUAAAUGUAGAGUUCAACUUUGGCGGACAGACUUGGCCCAUGAGCUCCGCGGAUUUUGAGUACACGCGGAUAAGCUCCUCUCAGUGCAUAGGCGCUCUCUUUGAGGCCGAUUCGGGUGGUUCGGGGCGGCCAGACUGGGUUGUUGGCGAUGCUUUCCUUAAAAACGUCUACUCUGUCUUUCGUUUCAACCCUCCAGCAGUCGGCUUUGCUGAGCUAUCCAGUACUGCCACUCUCAAGAACGGCAUUGAUGCUGCGCCACCAUCUGCAACCAUCGGUUCGGUCUCCGCCUCUGCGACGGCGGGUAGCAUACGAACGAGCGGCAUUGCUUCAUCAUUAGGACUAUUAUCAGCUGUUUUCGUUGUAGUUGUCGCAAGCUUGUGUUAGUAUUAGUAUAGAUUCAGAUACUGUUGUGCUCUUAAUGUUACUGGCACCCAUGGAAUUGCCAAAGUGAACCAUCCGUCGGUGAACUAUGUGAGGUAUCCUCCCUCAUUGAAUGGGUGUUUUCAAAUCUCUUCAUCUACAUACUUGACAAAUGCUAGAGUUUCCGAGCGAUCCUGCGCUUAUGAUCCAUAAAUGAUAUGUUUUACAAGACACAUGAGAAGUCAAGGCAUUAGUACUUUAGUCCUCAAAAGUAAGAGGGGCAGCUGGCGGGCCAACGACCUCAAAUUCCAUAUCUUCAUCAGGAUCAGUUGUCUCCUCCACUGCUGGUGCUGCACGGGGUGCGGAUACCGUUGCGAGCGCCAUCCCCGGGGCCCGCAGCUGCGUUGUGAUAUUGGAAGCUUCCACCUCUUCAAUAUCCAAGAAUCGAAGGCACUGCUGCAGACACCCGCGCCACUUGAGCGGGACCUUGCUGCCCACGUCCACGCCGGCGAUCCGCGACUCCCAGGUGAACCGCUGGCACGCGUGACGCACGAAGACCUGUCCCACGUGCGCGGGGUUCGCACAACGCCCAAUGCCCGUGAUUGGCUCGCCGUCGCCUGCAAUCGCCACGGACCGGGCGCGCGCGACGGCGUCUGAGGUGGACAACGGUGGUGGUGCGCGCUUGAGUGCGCCGGGGAUGCAUGCGUUUAAUGUCGCGCGGAGGUGUGCGGGUAUAAGCUCGUCCCAUGCGUCCAGCACGGGCAGACCGUAUGUUUCUGAGAGGACUGUGCGGCGGGAUUUGGGUGGAGCGGACUCGUGGGCUGGCGAGAGGAGGCGGCGUAAGCAGAGUUCGGAAAG